AUCCAGUAAGUAAGCAGCUCCAUCGUCAUCAAACCAAUCCCAACUUCCAAACACCGAAACGGAUCUGUAAACUCCCCUUAAACUAAACAUAAAUCUGAAUUUGUUUCCGCUACACAACACUGGAGUCUCCACAUUUGAUUUGCGAAAUUCGAAUUCUCCGAAACCUGAAAACCCUAACAAUUUUCUGUUUAUCGAUCUCAAACUCAUCUAUUUCACUGUUACUUUAGCCAAUGCAAUGGUGGUCUGCAAAUGUCGAAAGGCAACUAAAUUAUACUGUUUUGUGCACAAAGUCCCUGUUUGUGGAGAAUGCAUAUGCUUUCCUGAGCAUCAAAUAUGCGUGAUCCGCACCUAUUCAGAGUGGGUCAUAGAUGGAGAGUAUGAUUGGCCUCCAAAAUGCUGCCAUUGUCACUCUGUGCUUGAAGAGGGAACUGAUGCUGGGACAACUCGGUUGGGUUGCUUGCAUGUAAUACAUACAAAUUGCUUGGUUUCGCAUAUAAAAUCUUUUCCACCACACACUGCUCCAGCUGGUUAUGUCUGUCCUGCAUGUUCAACUUUGAUAUGGCCUCCUAAAAGUGUAAAAGAUUCAGGAUCACGCCUUCAUACAAAGUUGAAAGAAGCUAUUAUGCAGACUGGCCUGGAGAAAAAUUUGUUUGGAAACCAUCCAGUGACUCUGCCAGGAACAGACCCUCGAGGUCCUCCACCUGCUUUUGCUUCUGAUCCGUUGAAGCAUGUUUCAGCUGGUGGAAAAGAUUCUGGAGGAUUAGCUGCAAUUGUGACAGGUUCUUCCAAACCUGCAAGCAUGGACAUUGUGGAGAUAGAUGACCCCACUUCAGCACCUUCAUCUGUGCCUAAUCAUGAGACCAAUUUCAUGAAAAGCACAAGUCCUUCCGGUCCUGGAGCCACCACACGAAAGAACACAGUGCAAGUAGAAAGGCAAAACUCUGAAAUAUCAUACUUUGCUGAUGAUGAAGAUGGAAAGCGGAAAAAGUACACAAAGAGGGGUUCAUUUCGCCAUAAGUUUCUGAGAUCAUUGAUCCCAUUUUGGUCGAGUUCCUUACCAAUUCUACCAGUAACUGCACCACCACGAAAAGAUGGAUCAAAUGCUGAUGAAGUCACUGAAGGUCGUCAGCGCCAUCACAAGUCUUCAAGAAUGGAUCCAAGAAAACUCCUCCUCAUUAUAGCGAUCAUGGCUUGCAUGGCAACCAUGGGUAUCCUAUACUAUAGAAUUGCUCAGAGUGGUCUAGAUGAGGAGCUGCCUGAUAAUGAAUAGUGGUAAGUUUAUGGCCAUAAAGUUUUUGGCGGCGUGAGUUACGGCUAUAUAUCACUCAUCAACGGGACCGACAGAGUUGCUUAUUCUUCUGCUGCUUGUACGUGCUCAAUCUUUGUUGUCAUCAUGUCACUGUUUUGGGUGGAAACAAAUUCUUGGUAUCCUGUGAUUUAUAGAGAACUUGUCUUAUGACAACGAUUAAUGUCUGCCCAGCUCCCCUGUACCUCAUUGAUAGCCUUCUCUCUCUUUCCUCCCAUUUCUUUUUCUUGUUUGGUUUUUUAGUUAAUUCUGUUUGGUAGUUAAAUGGAGUAACAUGCUGAAAUGAAAUAAUAUUGCGUCUUCUCAUUGUUUUUGUAA